AAAAACCUUCCCGCCAUGUCAGCAAAGAAAUGCCGCGCAUGAAUCUGCCCAGCCGAAUCUCUGCCACCCGUACCCACCCUCUCUCAAAGCUUCCAUAACACAAAUCUCCUCCGUCUCUUUCUCUUUCUCUUAAAUUUUGGGCUUGAUAUUCUUAGAAUGACCUUCUCACGCUCAUACCAUUUGCUCAAUUCUAUCCUCUCUUGAAAAAAUAAAAAUAAAGAAAAAUCUGUCUUCUUCCUCGUGUCCGAAUUCAGAUCUUUCUCUGACUGGUGGUUUUCUUUUUCUUUUUCUAACUUUUUAUUCUUUCCGAUUCUUAGAGGAUUCUGUUUUUUGCACUUUUGUCGAAUACCCAGAUUGGUCAUUGGAGAAAAUCGAGUUCUGUCUCAGAGAAUGUUUGUCUUUGUUUUCAAUUUUUUCGGAUUCUUUUGUACAUCUGUUUGAUUGAUAAGAAAAGGAUUUCCGAUUUUUCACCACCAUAAAACCAUUAAAAUCGAGUCCAAAGAACUCAGAUUCAUUCAAAUUCAAGUGUAACUAAUUUUUGUUCCUUAAUUUCCGUCACUUUCUGCAAAAUCCCCUGCUCAUUAUUCUUUUGCUUUUCUGGAAUCUGAAUUCGAUAGAGAAGGGUGUUUGUAAUUCAAAUCUAAUCCCUGAUUCGGUUUCUAGUCGUACAACCAGGGGAAGAAAAGAGGCAGAACUCGAGAAUCGGAGAAAUGGAGCCACCGUCGAAACAGUCUCUGCAAAAACCGCCGGGCUAUCGAGACCCGAAUAUGGGUCCGGGAGCCAGGCCGAGACCGAUGCCUCCACGAAAGCCGGUUCUCCCGCCUUCCUUUCACGGGAGGAAGAAACGGAGGAGCGGUUGUCGUUUCUGCUGCUGCUGCUGUUGCAUCACAUUACUGAUGCUCAUGCUCUUCGCUCUGAUCGCCAGUGCGGUUUUCUACCUCUGGUACGACCCCAGACUCCCGAUAUUCCACCUGCAAUCUUUCCGGGUCCCGCAGUUCAACGUCACGGUGAGACCCGAUGGGUCGUUCCUCACGUCGCAGACCGUGACGAGAAUUGAGGUGAAGAACCCCAGCGGCAAGCUGACGUACUAUUACGCCGACGCGGAUGUGGACGUGAGCGCUGGGAAGGGCGACGACGAGACGAGUCUGGGAUCGGGGAAGGUGGUCGGAUUCAAACAGGCACCGAAGAAUGCGACGAGCUUGAAGGUGCAAACGCAGGUGAGGAACCAGAUGGUGGAUGAUAGGAUUGCGAAGAAGCUGACGGCUCGCUUUGAAGGGAAAGAGAUGGUGGUGAACGUGGAUGCUACUACGAAGGUGGGAUUUGGUGUGGGUGGAUUCAAGGUUGGUAUGCUGGGCAUCAAUCUGAAAUGUGGAGGUGUCACCAUGAAUCAGCUUGAUUCUGCUAUGCCCAAAUGCUCCGUCAAUACACUCAAAUGGAUCAACAUAGGUUGAAGAAGGUACGUACAUUCAUGGAUGAUAUUUGGAGGAUGAAGGCGUCAAUAUUUGUAGACAAACAUUGAUAUGGAGUAUACAGAAUUUUAGCUAGCCUUUAUUAUUUUCAUAUAUCUUCUAUUGACCUACAUUUUUAUGAUAUAAAUACAUAUUAUAUAUAUCAUAAUUGAUAUAUAUGUACGCACAUUAUUCUUUUCUUGGAAAGAUAAAAGGGGGAUCAUACUCUAACGUGUUUCCAUGUUUUGAA